CCCCUCAUCUUCUACCACCUCCCUGCUACCUCUCCCAACUUUUACUCUCAGUCUCACUUUUUCAGAAGCAAGCUAAGGAAACUUGCUUUUCUAUUUUCUAUUAAUUUGCUUUCUGGGACCUGAAGCAUGACUAGAAUAAUGAGAAGCCUUCUAUGUCUAGGUGUGAUAGGCGUGUGUCUGGCUCAGCAACAGACUUACCUGGCGCCAACUAAUGGCUUCAAUGGUAACGGUGGCAUUGCUAAUGGAAAUGGCAAUGGUAAUGGUAAUGGCGCAAAUGGCAAUGGUGUAAAUGGUAAUGGUGCAUAUACUAACGGCAAUGGUAACGGAGUAAAUGGCAAUGGAGUAAAUGGAAAUGGCGCAUAUACUAAUGGAAAUGGUAAUGGAGUAAAUGGUAAUGGAGUAAAUGGAAAUGGUAACGGAGUAAAUGGUAAUGGUGCAUAUACUAAUGGAAAUGGUAACGGAGUAAAUGGAAAUGGCGCAUAUACUAAUGGAAAUGGUAAUGGAGUAAAUGGUAAUGGAGUAAAUGGAAAUGGUAACGGAGUAAAUGGCAAUGGUGCAUAUACUAAUGGAAAUGGUAAUGGAGUAAAUGGAAAUGGUGCAUAUACUAAUGGCAAUGGUAACGGAGUAAAUGGUAAUGGUGCAUAUACUAAUGGAAAUGGUAAUGGAGUUAAUGGUAAUGGAGUAAAUGGAAAUGGUGCAUAUACUAAUGGCAAUGGUAAUGGAGUAAAUGGCAAUGGUGCAUAUACUAAUGGAAAUGGUAAUGGAGUAAAUGGCAAUGGUGCAUAUACUAAUGGAAAUGGUAACGGAGUAAAUGGCAAUGGUGUUUACACCAACGGCAAUGGAGGAAACGGCAAUGGAGUCAAUGGUAACGGCAAUGGUGGAUAUUCCAAUGGUAAUGGAAUAAACGGUAACGGUGGUUACACCAACGGCAACGGCGCUGUUAACGGGAACGGGUACUACAACGGCAUCGUGGACCCCAUCAGCGCCCUUGCUGAUGCUAUUGGAGGUGGCGGCGUCCCCGGCGUGGACUAUCCCAUCCUGGCUUCUGUCCCCUUCACUGGAUUCUCCUGCGGCGGACUAAUACCCGGAUACUACGCUGACACUGCCCCCGAGGCCGGCUGUCAGGUGUUCCACAUCUGUCAAGCAGAUGGCAGGAACGACUCCUUCCUGUGUCCCAACGGCACCAUCUUCAACCAGCAGUACUUCGUGUGUGACUGGUGGUACAACUUCGACUGUUCCACCGCCCCGCAGUUCUACGACCUCAAUGCUUUGAUCGGAGUGGUCAACGGUAAUGGCAACGGAUACACUUAUGGUGUAAACGGUGUUAACGGUGUUAACGGUGCUUCCAACGGUAAUGGGAAUGGCUAUACCAAUGGUAAUGGUAACGGCCUCACCAAUGGCAAUGGUAAUGGCAAUGGAUAUACCAAUGGCAACGGUAAUGGCAACGGUCUCACCAAUGGUAAUGGCUAUACCAAUGGUAAUGGCAAUGGCUAUACCAAUGGUAAUGGCAAUGGCCUCACCAAUGGUAAUGGCAAUGGAUAUACCAACGGAAACGGUAAUGGCAACGGUCUCACAAAUGGUAAUGGCAACGGUGUCACCAAUGGUAAUGGCAAUGGAUAUACCAACGGAAACGGUAAUGGCAACGGCCUUACUAAUGGGAAUGGCAACGGUCUUACCAAUGGUAAUGGCUAUACCAAUGGUAAUGGCAAUGGCCUCACCAAUGGUAAUGGCAACGGUCUUACCAAUGGUAAUGGCUAUACCAAUGGUAAUGGCAAUGGCCUCACCAAUGGUAAUGGCAACGGGAUCACCAAUGGUAAUGGCUAUACCAAUGGUAAUGGUAAUGGCAUUGCCAAUGGUAAUGGCAAUGGCCUCACCAAUGGUAAUGGCAACGGUCUCACCAAUGGAAAUGGCUAUACCAAUGGUAAUGGCAAUGGCAUCACCAAUGGUAAUGGUAAUGGGUCUUCUCCUAAUGGACUGUACCAAACGCCCACCUUGUAAUCGUCACACCUUAACCUGGUCGUCGUCUCUUUAAGUUACACAGAAGCUGUAAUGUGUUGACCUUCACCUGCUGUCUGACUCAACAGGUGUGAAGUGAGUCUCAACAGGUAGAGGUGAUCAAGGCCGCAGUACUUGUAAUAACUUUACCUGUUGUCACCCUCACUGACUCACCUGUUGUUCUGUUUAAUAGUAAUUUGGCUUCUCUUUGAUCUCACAACUUUAUUUAUUCUUUCUCACACCAACAAACUUUAUGCAUAACAAUGUAAGAGAAAUAACUGGAAUGUUUGUUUACAAUGAUGGUAAAUAUUAGCCAAUUACCUGCCUUGUGUUACUGUUGUCUCUGUCUCAAACAUUUUAGUUUUCUUUUAACUUUAACAUUUCUGUCAACAUCAGUUUCUUGUUCAUAUUCUUCAGUCAUUCUCAUGUGCCGGAAAACCUCUUAUAUGGCUACAGUUCUCUAAUACUUCUGUUUCCUAAUGAAUCAACUAUUAACUAUUAUUAUAUUAUUUCUUCUUGUGUUUGUCUAAUGAUUUUACAGUUACUGAUGUUAAUUUGACGAUACAAUUUGGAUGUAUUUUAACUAGACAUAAUGUUUGUGUAUCCAAUAUGUUAUGGUUGUUUCUUAACACAGAUUCUAUAGUAUGUGAUAUAGUGAGAAUCAUGGUGCCAUAAGUCUUCCAUAUAAGGCAGCUUACCUGAUCUUAUCUUAGAGAAUUUAUAAAUGAGAAUAUAUAUAUAUUUAUGAAUUUAUAUAUUAAAGAUGCUUGCAUUAUAAAA